AAAAAAAAAAAAAGCGCGGGAAAAUCGUGGUCCGCGUGCUGCACUGCCCGCGCGCCACGCAGGGGCCGCCCCGCCGGGAUUUCCCGCGGCCUUGCCAGUACUGCGGACACGGGCUGUUGCCGCACUUGCGCCGCGGGCGGGUCCGUGCUGGAGAGUGGGAGAAGGGUCCCUGCUGGCUGCCGUGUCCUGGGUGGGCACAGAGCUCUGACCUUGGCCAGAUGGGCUGGUUUCCGGGUGUUUUGAUCCUGACGUCGCCAAAGCCUCAGGCUUCUCUCCCUGGGCCCUUGCCGUUGCCGUAUCUCUUGGAUGCCGUGCAGAACGGAAUCAGGCAGCCAAGCCUCAGGUUCACCUUCUCCCUCACCCUCUGCGCUGCUCGUGUGGCACAGCAGAUCCUGAAGCCAGAGGAGCACGUGUACAUAAGGGUAAAGAGAUUCCUUCUGUCACACCGGUAUUUGGACCUGAGGAAGGUACCAGGUUUUCUCCAGCUUUUCUACAGUUUUGAUUUUGAGUACAAAACAGCACGAGUGGAUCCUCAGAUUUCUUGGGGAAGGGCUGCGUGACAAACAUUGCUGUGAGCUCUAUGUCUACCAGAGGAUUUUCCGGGUCAUUCUUUCCUUUCUCAGCAGUCCUUUGUGUGACCAGGGCUCCCAGAGUCCUAUUCUGGAGAUACGACAGAGUGCUGCCCGUGUCACCUCUAGAGCUGCCCAUGAGCCGAUAGAGGAUCACAGCCUCCUCUCGUGGGUCCUGCACGGCUUAGAGAAAAGGUAACCAGCCAAGUACGGGAGACAUGGGGACAAUUUCCUGUCCACGGCUGAAGAAUGACGUGGCUGAGGAUGAAAGCAAGGGGGACAGACCUGGAGACGGGGGCACCGAGGGCUGCACUGGCAGAACUUGCUGAACGCUGAGGUGUCCCUUGUGUUUUUGAGAAGAGAAUCAAGAGGCUUUCAGGUGGUGGUGGGAGGGACGAUGGUGGGGGGGCUGUGUGAUUUGGGAAUCACUUCCUUGACAAAGCAAAAGGACACCUUGUGCUGGUGUCUUUAGCUUUGAAAUUUCAAGCAGCCUCAGUUCCCAUCCUGUCACAGGACCUGCUGCACAGGAAGUGGCACAGUAAGGGAUUUGAGCUGUCUAGAACGUUACUUCUCCUCCCCUUGCCUCUCCCUGACAAAAAAAAUCUCUUCUGCAAGCACAGAGUGCCCUGACAGGUUCAGGCAAGUGCACCAAAAGUGCCCUAGAAUAUGGUCCCCCGUAGGAGAUGGACCAGCUGCUGGUGAGGAUCUGCCUUUCAAAUGUGGUUUUCUUUUCUUUUUUUUCUUUUUGUUCUGUUUCAUUUUGUUUUUCAGGUUUCUGGAGAACCAGGUGAUAAAUAAAAUGAUUUCCUUCCUCCAUCCUUUGUGGCUAAUAAAUUUAGGAGACAAGAGAGAAAACAGGAAUCGAUCCCAGAUGCUGCUGUUGAGAUGGGUAUAUGAUCUACCUGUAUAUAGAUAUAUGCGUAUCUAUCUAUAUCUGUGUAGUGAUAAUAAUGGGAGUUUUUAUGAUACGUUGCUUUACUGUCUUAUAUUUUUAAUAAAGUGCGAUUUUAAGUUAUUAGGUAUAACAUUUUAUUCUGCUUAUUGGCUAAAGUAACAUUUUCUUGUAUUUUAUUGGUAUCAAGUCAUGUUAAUCAUUAAUUGGUAAGAGUUUAUAAUGAAUUAUUAAGGUGUGAAUAUUGUUCAUUAAGGUACGUCUUUUUUUUACUGUAGGUAUUUUCAUGUGUUCGUACGGGUUUUUAUGUUAAUGAUUUUGGGUUUUUGUGUUAUGAAUAUAUUAGUAUUUUAUUAGGGUUUUUUUUGGUUAGUUUACUUGUUUGGUGUGUAGAUCACUCCUGUUAAGUAUGUUUAUCUAUAUAUGUUUUAAAAUGUAAGUUAUAAAUCUACUUGUUAAGGAUUUUUGUAGAGUUCUAUGUAAAAAUUUAAAUCGGUAGGGGAGAUAAAAAGCAGUAAUUAUUAAUAAGAUGAGUAUUUUAGUUUUUAAUAAUGAUUUAAGUUAUUCAGCGAUGUUUUAAUUUUUGAAAAUAUUAUUUAGUUAUUUUUUAUGUGUGAUUGAUUAAUUUUUAAAAAAAAAAUUAGUAAUGUUUUUGUAAAUUGAUUUCUUGUGAUUUCAUCAAUUUAUAUAUUUUUAAAAAUGUUUUCUAUUUAUGAUUGUGUGUGAAUAAUAAAAAAUGAACAGUUGUUUUAUUUUGUAAGGUAGUAUGUUUAAAGAUGUUCAUAUUUGGCAGUAAUUUAUUUAACGUUAUACAUGUGUUAUUGUUUGAUUUGGUUGGUUAAUAAGUAAGUUCAUUUGAUGUGCUUCAAGUGUGAGUUGUAGUUAUUUUAGGUGUUAAAAGAGAUGUAGAACUAAUAGAAUUAGGUUGUUAAAAGGUUGUACGAUUUUGAUCCUGAGAAGUAAAUUUGUGUUGGAGUGAUUGGGUAUUUUUAGGUGGGUGUUCUUUUUUUUUGGUUUUUUUUUUUGUUUGUUUUUUUCUUUUUUUUUUUUUUUUUGUUUUUUUGGUUUUUUUUUUUUUUUUUUUGUUUGUUUUUUUUUUUUAUAUGUAUUAUUGUUAUGUUUGGUCUUAGUGGGUUAAUUGUUUUAAAUUGUAGGUUUGCUGUUUUGAGGUAACUUCUUUGUGGUUUGGUGUGGUUUGGGGGUUGUUUUGUAACUAAAUAUUGUACAAGUAUUUGUUUGUAAUGAUUUGAGUAAUUUUACUUUUGGUGGUUUACCUGUCAUUUGGGGUAUGAGUGUAUAAAUGUUAUUUGAAGAGUUUA